AUGAAGAAAGUGAAAAGUCGAAAAUCGCCAUUGCCUACGACAUCGUCACCAUCUCCGUCGCAGCCAAAAUCAAGGAUUCUCAACAGCAGCAAGAAAAAGAAACCGAUCGCAAAUGUUGCUGCCGCUGCUGGUCUUUCGAGAUCAUCGCCACCGCCAUCUCUUAACAAAACCCUAGCUUCAAUCUCCGAUCUCAAAGAGUUAGCCUCUUCUCGCUUCGAAGAUAUCAAGUGCCGUCUCAUCGAUUGCUCUCAUUCGGAGAUCAUCAAAGAUCUUGAAGCUUCUCACUCUCGUCUCCAUAAACGCUUCAAGAUUCAGAGCCAAACAUGCCAGCAGCUGAUGGAUGAAGGAGAGAAGGAUUUUAAGAAGAUGACCGAACGGAUUACUGAAACCACUGAAGUAAUGAAGGAGACAUACGCAGAGUUCAUGGCAGAAGCACAAGCCACCGCAUCCCGUGUUCUGAUGUUGAAGAAGACUACAUAUACUAUAUGUAUGGGGUAUCAAAUGUUUUCAGAAAGUGCCCGGGUUAGUUUUGCUACUAAAUUUGCAGUGUGCAAAACCGCAAUCCCUGAGCUUUCAAAGUCCUUUGAGAAAUCCAUUGGUGCUCUCCAAGGCCGCUUUGGUAUUCCAUCAAAUUGA